AUGUCGGUAGCAGCACCGUUACUGCUGCUACUGUCCUCCCUGACUUCACCGGCCGGGGCCUUGCAUGCUACCUACGGUUCACCGUGCUAUGACGUCUGUAGCAACCCGACCAACACCACUUCCUCGGAGAUGGUCUGUUUGGACGAGUCGUACAACACCACCGAGACUGGCCGGAAGUUCCAAGAAUGCGUCUCUUGCGAACUACAGAGCAAUUAUACCGAUGCUGAAACCCAGAUCAGUGACUUCAACUGGGGUCUCUAUAAUCUCCGGUUCGCAUUCGACACCUGUGUCUACGGGUAUCCGAAGGAUGUGAACACGGUUUCGACCCCUUGUCUGGUCGCGUGCCUGGGCCUGAGCCCGGCGUUCGAGUUUGAGCUGCUGAACCCGAAUCAGAACAACCUGCGGGCCUAUUGCGCCACGGGGGCAUUUGCCGACAACCACAUCGACACCUGUAGUAACUGCUACAACCUGACAAGCACGCAGGGGUAUCUGGCAAACUUUCUCGAGGCGAUGCGUUAUGAGUGUCAUUUCCCCGUGCCCACUGACACGGCAUUUCCCAUCAGUCCAUCGGAUAUCUUUUCCGAAAUUCAGCUUCCCUUCUACAACAGGGAUCUGCUGAACAGCACGGCGCACGACCCCAUCAACUACCGACUGGCGACGCUGAUCGGGCUUCCAGUGAUGGGGUUUGUGACUUUUGUCUGUCUGUGCACGAUGAGUCUCUUCUUCUGCCUCGGCUGGCGGCGGAGAUAUGUCCGCCGCGAGCGGGCGUCGGAGCAGCAGCGAUGGAAGACUCUGGCUGUGGAGCACCCAUGGCGUGGUCCGGCAUAUUCACCGCAGGAAAUGUAUCCGCCGGGGGCGUAUCAGCAGCAGCCGCAGCCGCAGCAGCAACUACAGCAACUGCAAGAAGGCUCGGGCUUCCAGUUUGUGGAUAAUGAUGGGCGCAGUCAGGUGGUGGGACACUCCAAGCAGCAUGUGAAAGAGACGACGGUGGCGAUAGAGAGUGACAUUUCUCCGGUGUCUCCGCAAGAGAAGGGCAAGAGGCCUGAAGACUUCUUCCCUGUCAAGUCUGACUCUAAAUCAUGA